UGCGCUUUUAAAGAUCGGUCCAUCUCCCAGAAUCCUCGUCAACUUCUUGAUGCUCGAGUGGCGCGGAGGCGACAACAAAAGAGUCCAACAGCAUCAGAGCAAGCUCUGAUCGGAACCGACUGAAGCUGAAGCCUCGAAGCGCAAGGCGGUGGCCGUUUUUGACUGCGUACAUUGUCCAAUGACCGCAAUGACGGGGCUUUCGACAGCAGAUGAGCAGACAAGCGAGAUGCUGUUGGCAUCUGGUGGAACCGCUAGAACACCGUCUCUAGAAGGGCUCCAAGACAAAGAACAGAAGGCUCAUGUCUCCAUGGGCGUCGGAUCUGAGACACUUUCUGCGAGCAGACACGAGCUGCCAGCUGCUUCUGCGACGCGAGAGGAUGAUGGCAUCCCUGGUCAGGCAUGGACCUCAAAAAAGCAAUGUGUGGCGCCCGACGGUCAACUCGUGCUCCCGCAACACGAGGAGCGAAACUCCGGGCUCUCUUCUCAACUUGCAGAAAACACAACAGAACACGCCAUUGCGCAUUCAAAUCAGCAACGAUUGAUCGGCUCAAUGACGGACGCGACAGCAUCGGCGCCAGCAAAGAAGGACAAGCCGUCCAGGCUCGAUCGGCUACCCGACGACCCCGCGGCGGCCAAGACAGAUACUAGCGAACCCGUGGGAAGGACUCAAGCAGCACCCGAUUUUGGAUCUGCCAACCGCAACGCAUAUGAGGCGAAUCAACACCUGCCUCGCGAUGCAUUUCCUGCGUUGCGGUCGCCUUUGACGCAUCCCAAUGGCGUUCCGAUUUUUCCAGAUCUGUCGGCCGAGCAAGAGGUCACAGAAUCGUCGGAAGCCGCAACGCAAGCCGAAAGCUCCAUCGUGGCGGACAGUGACGACAUGGCCUCGAUUUUCGACGGCACAGAGUCGGAUGGCGGAUACGGAAGCGAUAGUGCGACAAAUGCCAGCACGUCCGUCACGUCAUCAGUUCGAGAUUAUAUGUACGAGAAUGGGCGACGCUAUCACCGCUUCCGAGAAGGACUGUACAACUUUCCCAACGACGAGGUGGAGCAGGAACGUGAAGACAUGAAGCAUGCCAUGGUCAAGCUCCUGUGCAAUCAGAAGCUACACUUUGCGCCCAUUGGCGAAUGGCCGCAGCAAAUUCUAGACAUCGGGACGGGGACAGGCGCGUGGGCCAUUGAGAUGGGUGACCAAUUUGAGAGUGCAACUGUGCUGGGAGUCGACCUCAGUCCCAUUCAACCGGACUGGGUACCGCCAAAUGUCAAAUUCGAGGUCGAUGAUGUGGAAAGUUCGUGGCUGUAUCCGAGGAAUCAUUUCGAUUAUAUCCAUUCUCGACACACGGUUAUGGCCAUCAAGAACUGGAGGAACCUAUUCCACAGGGCAUAUGAGCACCUGAAACCCGGCGGCUGGAUCGAAUUGCAAGAGAUCCAUCACUUCCCGUCAUCGGCAUACAACGCCAUGCCGCCCUCACACCCGGUGGCUCAGUAUUGGAGUUUCGUAACCCAGGGACUCACGAGCCUGGGCAUCGACUUUAAUGCUGCCGCAGGUGACCGGCUGCCUAAUAUGAUGCGCGAGGCCGGUUUCGUCAACGUGACGGAGAAGAUUUUCCACGUGCCGCUUGGUACAUGGCCGCGAAACAGGGUGCUCAAGACAGUAGGCAUGUACUGGAGGACGAUUCUUCUCGACGGACUGCAGGCGAUUGCCCUCGGCCCAUUGACCAGAGGGCUGCUGUGGACACCAGAGCAGAUUGAAAUGUUCCUCGUCAGCGUGCGGCGAGCGUAUCACGAUAAUGCGGCGUUGAUGUACAUGCCAUUGAGGAUCAUGUAUGCACAGAAGCCGGCGUAUGGGGAUUUCCCUAGGUAUUCGUAGUGCACUGAGGAAGAGCUACUAGGUAUUAGUCCUAAGGCGGGCUUUGCCUCGAGAUAGGGUCUGUGGCCUCGUGGAGGGCCACUAGCGUUCAGUAUUGAGCGAGUGUCUGUUCUGGAAUUCUGCAAGCGGAGUGGGUUUGUGCGACUUUGACGAGGUUGGUGAUGUGUAGGUUCGGUAUGGUCGGUAUUACGGACGUAUCGUGUAUGGGGUUCUGCUUGGCGAGGGGACGUGAAGAGUGACGAGAUGGUCGGCUAGAAGGUGCACAUGGGUAGCCGCAUCGUGGUCGGGUCUUGGCGACAAGAGGCGAGAUUGCGAGAGGAGCAUAGUUUUCGUGAUGAGGUGACAUGGGCGAGCGCUAGACAACGAGCUUCUGCGGUGUCUGAUGGAAGAGGAAUAGGAUCAAGUAAUGUGGUGCAAGCCGUGGCUUGGGAGGAGGAGAAAGGAGGGCGGAAGACGGGCGGCAUUGGCUGAUGGAGCACGUUGCCGUUGCAUUGCAAGAAGACGACCAGGGAUUUCAGAACGCCAUUUCCCAGGUCCGGAACGGCGGGUACCCUCUCUCGUGCUUUUCAGCAGGGGGGAAUUUGGGAAUUUGAUGGAACUUGCAUGGAAGCCGUCAAUGGUUCAGUUGUUAGGUUCCUUCCGAAAGAAAAACAGAGAGACAUGUCCUUAGCGAGGGCAAGAACCACUUAAUUCCCGCUGCAGUUGCAGGUUGAGACUCCACCUGACGGUAAGCCUCAAGGUAUUGAACAAG